GUUGACACCCAGACAAUGAGGGGGGAAAAGGGGCAGAAAAAGAAAAGUUUUAGUUAGUAAGGUAUGCAAAGUCAAAGUUAUUGAUUUCAGAGGCGUGUCGCUGUUGAGCCCACUCGAAAAAGGACAUCUGCUUUUCAAAUGCGGAGACGACUGUUUCAAGGACCGCAAGCUUGGAGACAUCGAGAAAAUCAACUUCCCGGGCGCAGUAGCAAAGGAACGCAUAGAAAACUUAUGGUCCGUUUGGCUUGCAUGCAGUAUUUCCACCCGAAAGGAUAUCGACAUGGGAACGAAAAUCAAGUUUCGUCGAGAAGGACACAUAUGUUUUGAUGCGGAAGCCUUCAAAGCCGUUUUGAAACUCGCAUAUGAUACUUGCAUCGACUGGACAGACUUCCUGUGCAAUACGGAUGCCAUUACGAAGCACGCAAAGAUCGAAGGGCAUUCUAUCGAGAGAUCCUACAAUGAAGCAUUGCAAGCACUUCGCGUCGAGAGAUUGACGAAUGGCGAACUGUGGCCACUGCAUAGUAAUCCAGCCGAUGAUGUGCCGCAAAAGAUGAUGGUAGCGGCGAAAAAGUACCUUAAGGAGGGAGGACAAAUUGUAACUGCAUGGCCACCGAUUACGUCGAAGAACCAUGACUUGUGGCGCGAAUCAUCGGGAUUGUGGAGAACUUUUGAUGAGACGCUGAUACAGUGCGAUAAGGGAAGGCAAGUCUUCACAACAGCGAGCAACUCCGGGUUGAAAGGGAAGCUGUUUAUAGCGGCAGAAGCACCGGAAGGAGGUGUACAAUAUUUCAAUAAUUACGUAGGAAUCGCCGUGAAUAAUUACAAGAAAAGCUGUGGAUGCGCAUCUGCCGGAACAGGCCACGAAGCCGGACAGGGCGAUGUCUCCCGGCAGGGAGGGCAUGUUGGGCCGGUGGCCGAAGCGCAGAGCGUCUAG